AUGGAGGAACCCAAGACAGAAGAUGGAACUGUCAAUGGGUUGAAUGUCAAGAAAGAAGAAGGAUCCUCCCCCCACGGUCACAAGCUUGCGUCGCGCAACUCUAGUCGCCGCCGGUCAUCUAGCAGAACCCCCGUCGAGACAAAAAAUGGGACAGAAGGCGUGUCCACGCCUGAGGCCACGCAGGGCUCCAAGUCUUUGCGCAAGGCGUCCCAGAAAGCGGCCAAGCAGGAGGCUCCGACCUUUGAGAAUUACCCAGACAUGACCGACGAUGCUUGUGCCACGUUCCAACGAAUUCCUGAUUGUCUCUACGGCUCAAAGCACAUGGGAUCCACGGACAAUGACGCCCUGGACUGCGACUGCCGUGAAGAAUGGCAAAAUGGCGAGAACCACUCGUGCGACGAGGAUUCCGACUGCAUCAACCGUGCCACAAAGAUGGAGUGUGUCAUGGGCACAGGGAACUGCGGCGACGGGUGCCAGAACCAGCGAUUUCAGCGCAAGGCUUAUGCGGAUGUCUCCGUGAUCAAGACGGAGAAGAAGGGCUUCGGCCUUCGCGCCAAUGUCGAUAUGCAAGCGAAUGACUUCAUCUUUGAGUACAUCGGCGAGGUCAUCAAUGAACCCACCUUUCGACGCCGCAUGGUGCAGUACGAUGACGAAGGCAUCAAGCAUUUCUACUUCAUGUCCCUAACGAAGCACGAGUUCGUGGAUGCCACUAAGAAGGGCAACCUGGGCCGGUUCUGCAACCACUCCUGCAAUCCCAACUGCUAUGUCGACAAGUGGGUUGUCGGCGACAAGCUGCGUAUGGGCAUCUUCACCCUGCGGGGGAUUGCUGCUGGCGAGGAGCUCGUCUUCAACUACAACGUCGACCGAUACGGCGCUGAUCCUCAACCGUGCUACUGCGGCGAACCGAACUGCACUGGGUAUAUCGGCGGCAAGACCCAGACGGAGCGAGCUACGAAGCUACCCCUGGCGACGGUGGAGGCCCUCGGCAUCGACGAUGGCGAUAGCUGGGAUACGGCUGUGGCCAAGAAGCAGCGCAAGAAGAAGCCCGAGGAAGAUGACGAGGACUACGUUAACAGCGUGCAAGCUCGUGGCCUGGACGAGGAGGGUGCAAGGAAGGUUAUGGCCUCGCUCAUGCAGUGCAAGGAAAAGUGGAUUGCCGUCAAGCUGCUGGAACGUAUUCAGCGCUGCGACGACAAGCAGGUGCUCAACUGCGUCAUGCGCAUGCACGCGUACCAGAUUCUGCGGACGACGCUCACUACCUUCAUCGACGACAAGAAUGUUGUUGCUCAGGUGCUGGAUAUUCUCGACAAAUUUCCGCGUCUCACGCGCAACAAGAUUCAGGAUUCCAAGAUCGAAGCGACGAUUGAGACUCUGGCCCACUCGGAGGAUCCUGUCGUGGCAGCCGAGUCCAAGCGACUUCUGGAAGAAUGGAGCAAGCUCGAGGUUGCGUACCGCAUCAGGCGGCGCAAGGUGGACCCCAAGGCACCGGCCGCCAUCAACUCCUUCGAGGAGCGCCGUAACAUUGACCGCGAAGAGGACCGGUCCAAGCCGGAGCCGCCGGUUGUACUGGGUGCCGACGUCCCCAAGGGUCCGCGCAGCACGAUCCCCCAGAGGAACCAGAACUUCUUCCAGGGCAACCGGCCGCCGCGGAGACAUCCUGCGUACUUCCAGCAGCAGCAGCAAGGCGCCCUUCCCGAGGGCUGGUUCGAGAACACGGACAAGCGUGGGAACGUCUACUUUUAUACGAAGAACGGUGAUACCACGUGGCAGCGUCCCAGCAAGCCCGCGCCGGACGCACCCAAGGCCAUUUCAAAGGCCAAGCAGGAACAACAGCUCCUGCAGAGCAUCAUCCAGCAGGUCACAAAGGAAACACCCAAGUCGUCGGCAUCGCGCACUCCGCAGCAGGUGGACACGCCUGUCCAGGACCCGAAGAAGGAGAAGUGGCGUUCUCUGCCAAUUGAGAAGCAAAUGAAAAUCUACGAGAACACUCUUUUCCCGCACGUCAAGUAUGUCCUUGACAAGUACCGCCACAAGCUGCCCAAGGAGGAAUUGAAGAGGCUCGGCAAAGAAGUCAACAAGACGCUUGUUUCCUCGGAUUACCGUAAGAAUCGCGUCGAGGACCCCACGGUCGCCAUCAAUCACAAGAAGGUCAAGACGAUCAAGCAGUACGUCAAGGACUUUCUUGACCGCGCUCUCAUCAAAUUCAAGGAGCGCCAGAGCAAGAAGUCCGAGCAGACCGGACAGACAUUACCUGCCUCUGUGUUGCCGACAUCGGAUGGUACUGGAGUAGGGGAAUCGUCGGCGCCAACCACGAGCGCUGACAUUCCCAUGGUCGACGCUGAUGAUGAUGUGGUUCUUUCCGACGUUGACGAUGUUGAGACCGCGUCGGCCAGCAGUCUCGAGCGAAAACGGAAGCGAGAGCAGCUCGAUACUGGCUCUCCUGACUUGACACCAGCCGGCUCGCCUUCUGCGAAACGUGUCAAAGACGACGACCUAGAUGAUCAGGCGCCGCCACCUCCGCCGCCGCCUCCUCCAGAGGCCGAGGAGAUGGAGAUUGGCGCUGGUGCUGAAGCCGUAGAGCAGCAGCCCCUGACGGCCGAGCAACUGGCGCUGCGUGAGCAAGAAGAAGCUCUGAUGCGAGAGAACGAGGAGGCCGAGCGCCUCGAGGCGGCUGAAAGGAAUAGCUCGGCCAAUGGUGCCGCUCGUCUCGAGGAGCAGCGCCUGGUGCUCAACGGACACGUGCCCAAUGGCGGCGUCAUUCUAUCGGGCGAUGCCGCGCCCAACGACGGACCGCCUCAGGGCGGUGCUUGA